AUGUUGCGCCAACUACUUCCCCGUUGCGGGAGGGCAUUCAGAGCUCCCACAGCUCGCCAAUUAUUGCCUCUCCGUGCGGUUCAAGCGGCAAGAUGCUACAGCAUUAAACCUGAGGCGGCUUCUACCUCAAAGCCCGUCGGGAUUGACCCCUCGAGGCUCACCAUCACCAAGACGACGACCCCGAAGACGCCCAGCGAUCCCGCAACUCUUGUGUUUGGCAGAGAGUUCACAGACCACAUGCUCACCAUCGAAUGGACACGACAAGAUGGCUGGCUCCCACCCCAAAUAGCACCGUAUCAGAACCUCUCCCUCGACCCGGCAACCUGCGUAUUCCACUACGCCUUCGAGUGCUUCGAGGGCCUGAAAGCCUACAAGGACAAAUCCGGCAACGUGCGCCUCUUCCGGCCUGACAAGAAUAUGCAGCGCUUCAACAAGUCCGCGGCGCGCAUCGCGCUGCCCACCUUCGAGCCCACUGCCCUCAUUGACCUCAUGUCCAAGUUCACCAAGCUCGAGGAGCGCUUCAUCCCCAACCAGCGCGGCUACUCGCUCUACCUGCGCCCGACCAUGAUCGGCACCCAAAAGACGAUUGGCGUGGGCGCCCCGGGAUCCGCCCUGCUGUACAUCAUUGCGAGUCCCGUCGGCCCUUACUACCCGACGGGCUUCAAGGCCGUGUCGCUCGAGGCGACCAACUACGCCGUGCGUGCGUGGCCCGGUGGUGUUGGGGACAAGAAGUUGGGGGCCAACUAUGCGCCAUGCAUUGUGCCGCAGCUCGAGGCCGGGAGUCGCGGAUUCCAGCAGAAUUUGUGGUUGUUUGGCGAGGAGGAGUACGUCACCGAAGUCGGUACGAUGAACAUGUUCGUGGCUAUCAAGAACAAGGAGACGGGGCAGAAGGAGCUGAUCACCGCCCCGCUUGACGGCACCAUUCUGGCCGGCAUUACCAGGGACUCGAUAUUGAGCCUUGCGCGGGAGAAGCUCGCGCCUGAGGGCUGGGCCGUUGUGGAGCGCAAGUACACGAUGAAGGAGCUGGAUGAGGCAUCGCAAGAAGGCCGUCUAAUGGAGGCAUUUGGCUCUGGCACUGCCGCUAUUGUGAGCCCCGUGAGGAAGAUCAGCUGGAAGGGCAAGCUGGUGGACUGCGGGCUGAACGAGCUCGAGGAGUCGGGCGAAAUUGCAUUGAGGAUGAAGGGCUGGAUGGAGGCGAGGCAGUAUGGUGAUGAGGAGCAUGCCUGGAGUUAUGUCUGCUAG